CCUAUCCCGAUGUCCUUCCCCGCUAUCCUACGGGGCUCAGGCGGAGCGAACGACCGCUUCGCACACCUACAUGCAUCGACCGAUCGUGCUGGAGGAGACCUCUCUGCUCUCGUUCCCAAGAAGAAUAGGAGAGACGAGAAGGAAGGCAAGCGAUGGGUACGGAGGAAGGAGAAUGCUCGCUUUGUGGGCAACCCACAUAUCACCAGACCCUCCGGGUCUGAUCUAUCUGUUCCAGUCCCGCACGUCAGACCGACUUUCCCUAGCCCACUUCCUGCCUAUCUUCCUCGCACUGCCGCCAUCCCCUCCGCGAUCCCUACAGUCAGAGAACCCAGCUCUGCCUCUGCUGGACAGUUCUCUCUGAGCUUGAAGGGCAUGCGCAAGGAGCUAAGAGGACGUGGAGUCAUGACUGAAGUCCUAGUCAGGGAGGUCGAGGGCGAGCUUAUGAGCUGGUUGGCCGUGGGCGUGUGGAUAGACCCAGACUCAGUCGAGGUAUGCAAUGACGAGAGUACUCCUAUCGGUACGCUCGGUGUCAUUCGGGAGGUUGAGCGGACGCAUAUGCGGUUGGUCUGGGAGAUCAAUGACGACGCAUUCGCCCGUUACGUGGUGCACUGCUGCGCUAGAUACCACAAUGUGGUUAGCUUCAGUGAGUUCUACGAUUCGCCCACGGGCACCUCGCCUCCGAAACGUCUCACGUACAUCCUCCGCCCACAUGUUACUCGUCCGAACCAGAUCCCACUCUUCGAGCUCCCGGCAGGGCUUGAUACACCUCCCGUCACCGAUAUGGGUACUGACUUCGACUCUGUUGGCGGCACAGACCUUGGUACCGAUAUCGACGUCGAGUCCGACUUUGUCUUCUCCGAGCUAGACUCUGAUGCAGAGUUAGAAGGCGCCCCGCCUCCGCUUCCA